AUGGCCGACGUACAAGACAGCACAGGCCCAUUAUACUUCUGGCGAGAAUUCGAACAGCCAUACGGUUUCCUCUCCCAAUGGUACGAGAGUCCCUUCGAAGUCGACGGAAUCACGUACCAGAGCGCGGAAAUGUGGAUGAUGGUGCAGAAAGCGAAACUAUUCGGUGACGAGGUCAACUCUCCCCAGAAAUGGGGUUUUAAGAGAGGGUGAUGGUUGUACUGAUGUGUCGAGAUAGGUGAUUGCAGAGCAAAUGCUGCAGACCACGGUGCCGUCGGAGCAUCAGAGAUUGGGCAGGCUGGCGAAGGGGUUUGAGAGGAAGAAGUGGGAUCAGAGUAGGGUUUCCGGCCCUUUGUAGGGUUUGCUGGUUGGACUGACUGCUGUUGGUAGACAAGAGCCGCAUUGUCGAGGAGGGGAAUUACCAUAAGUUUACCAAAGCGAAGGAGAGUAAGCACAUGAUGAGUGCUUUACUGCAUACCGGUGAUAGGGAGCUCGUCGAGGUAGUGCCUCAUCGAGAGCCAUGCCCAUUUCUAGACUCUCACUGACGGUGAUCGCAGGCUUCGCCAACAGAUCGGAUUUGGGGCGUUGGGUUUGCAGCUCACGAAGCAGGAGAAAACCGAAACACAUGGGGCGAGAAUCUACUCGGUAAGGCGAUCAUGAAAGUGAGGGAGCAAUUGCGGCGGGAAGGGUAA